AUGUCACUUGGGGUUUUUACUGUAAUUAAAUAUACGUAAACAUAUAGUGCAAACACCAUAUCAACACAUUUUUUUUUUACUUUCUAACUAUUCUGUCUUUAUUGCACGACAAGCAGACGCACCUGUCUCUGUCGCGUGGUAGCCGGCUUUAUUUCACUUAUUUCACAGCACGGGCGGACACCUUGAUCUCAGACAGUUACAGUAUAGCCGCUUCGCGCUAGGCUCGACAGAUAAAAAUGGAUUCUAUACGGUGAUUCCCUGGCAUUUGUGGCAUCGACUCGUGUUCAGGUAAGCAGGAAACAACCGCUCCCAGUUACUGAUUUAUUCUAUAAUAAGGGCGCGCACUGGUUCGGUGACUGUAUGCUACUGUAGUCAUGUUCAUAUUUUGUCUCACUUCAAAUCCAAAAGAUGAAAAUACAUUUUGCAUUGAACAUACAAGAUGAAAUGUAGUUUAUUCAUCCGUUUUUCAACGGAUCACCAGACAUUACUGUUAUUGUAGUGGUUGCCUGGAGGAAAGAAGAGAUACCUCUCCUUGGAGGCUUCCCGGGAUGCAAAACUCAAGCGCAAGACACAAGAGUGGAGUGCAAUACUGCUGCUGUCUGAUUGGCGAACCGUCCAUCGCUUCAUGUUUUCACAUUAGUUCUACCCGACGAAGCUCUAACCAGGUCUAUUGCAACCAGGAGUCGACCACGAGACAUCUAACUUGUAGAGACAGUAGGCUAACAUUUGUCUCGGGUUUGUUUAGUCGGAAAAGCCUAUUAUUUAAGAAAUAGGCGGACGCCCUUUCGGUGGUGCUGAAGAUAGGAGGACUUGGCUGAUCUACGAGUGAGGAGAAUCAGUACACGAACCCACACUUUUCUGCCCCGUCUUGUCAGCUUUAUGAUAUCAGGUGCUUUCGCUAAGGCAGCAGUCUGAGCUGAGGCAGGAUAGCAGGAUGCUGUGGGUGGAGUGUAGGAUAGUGGACGCCCUGCGUGGGAGAAGACGGAUGAGGGCCACGGCCGUCAAGCUGCCCUGCUCCUUCUGGUUCCUCCUGCUGUUCGGGGCCGGAGGCCUCGUCCUCUUCAUACACCUCCAGGACCUCUCAGAGAUGGUCCAGCAACAGGCUCCAGGUGUGAAGCUAAGAGGAACAGCUCGGCAGUCCAGAGAGGCGCUGUGUACUCAGGACAGUGAGGGUGUGAGAGUCAGCCCAGGCCAGGACCAGAGACUGGCUGUGGAAGGCCUAACCAGCCCCAUCCCCCCCAUGCAGUUCCCUGCCUUCCAGUGGACCAGACAUUCAGCCACCCCUGGCUCUAGGGAACAGGACAUGGGCUCCCUGCGCGUCACCAAGCGCCACAGGAAACUUCUGAAAACCAGCCCUGUGGUUUCUAACAACUCACACAACUCCUCCUCGUCCUCCUCGGGUUCCCCGGACUCUCCUGAGGAGAGCUGGCAAUGGCACAGACUGUCCCACAUCCAGGAAGCUCGGCGGAGGCUGAUGAAGGAGGUCUGUGCUAAGUACAAGAGCAGCAUCUCCAGGACCAUCACACCUCACCACGUGUCCCGGAUCUAUGUGGAGGACAAGUACAAGCUGCUGUACUGCGAGGUGCCCAAGGCGGGCUGCUCCAACUGGAAGAGGAUCCUCAUGGUGCUGUCUGGCCUGGCGUCGUCCACCCACGAGAUCAAACACGACGCUGUCCACUACGGUAACCACCUCAAGAGGCUGGACAGCUUCGACCGCCAGGGCAUCACGCAUCGCCUGGAGACCUACACCAAAGUCCUGUUUGUCCGCGAACCCCUGGAGAGGCUGGUGUCCGCCUUCAGGGACAAGUUUGAGAACCCCAACACCUACUAUCAUCCUGUAUUCGGGAAGCCCAUCAUCUCCAAGUACAGGGUAAACGCCUCCAAGGUGGCCCUCAGGACAGGCAGCGGAGUGACCUUCCAGGAGUUCAUGCAGUAUCUGCUGGAUGUGCACAGGCCUGUGGGCAUGGACAUUCACUGGGAGCCUACCAGCCAGCUCUGCAGCCCCUGUCUGCUGGACUACAACUUCAUCGGCAAGUUUGAGACCAUGGAGGAGGAGGCUAAUUUCUUACUACGUAGAACUGGUGCCCCACAUAACCUCACCUUCCCCAGUUUUAAAGACAGGAACCCCAAGGCUGAGAGGACUUCAACUCAUUUAACCCAUCGCUACUUUGCACAGCUCAGCACUUCAGAGAGACAGAGAGCUUAUGACUUUUAUUACAUGGACUACCUUAUGUUUAACUACUCCAAACCUUUUAAAGAUUUGUAUUGAUUGACUCUCUAAUCUCUGUUUGAGUCCUCAAAUCUCCCCUGGCUUUAAGAGGAAGAGCGCACCAUAAAAAUGACUUCCUUUUACAAGUAUUACUAGAAGAUCAUCACAUGAAAACAAUGUCUCGGUCAGGCAUGUCAAUGUGGUCCUGUAUUAAAUACCGGUGGCUAACAGCAAAACAUUGAACUCACAAACAAUUUAUCACCGCACAGUCAGUGACGUGAAAAGACAGUUCAAUGCUUUAAAAUGUGUUGCGUGAAGUGGUACCCACCUAUCAUUUUUUGCACUUAGUGUAGCAAAUUCUUUCAAAUUCUCCAAAAAGUUAUUGACUAUGCUGGAGAGUGUGUCUGGACGGUCUUAUAGGGGAGCAUCCCCCUUAAGUAUCCCUAAGUACUGCUUUACCACACCAUCCCACUACCCUUUAGAAUACACAUCCUCAUCAUUGUCAUCAAGGCUUUUUCUGACACUAAUAUUUAAAAACUGUACAAAGGGCAUUCAGAUGACUAUAUAUAUUUUUCUAUGUAUUUCUAUAAUGGAUAUAUUCACUGCUUCUUUGUGGGGAUUUUCAUUUCUGAUAUCACUGAUUGUUAUUUCAGUAAUUAUAUGGUGAGUGUGUGUAGAGAAUAUCUGACUAUAUUUAGGCCUCUUGGGUCCCCCUGUACAUCAGACCCUGUAAAACACGUGUCAAACUCAUUCCAUGGAGGGCCAAGUGUCUGCAGGGUUUUGCUCCUCCCUUGUACUUGACUGAUCAAUGAAGGUCAUUGAUUAGUUAGGAACUCCCCUCACCUGGUUGUCUAGGUCUUAAUUCGACACAAAUAUAAAGGAAAUAACAAAAACCAGCAUACAGUCGACCCUCCAUGGAAUGACUUUGACACCCCUGUUGUAAAACAUGAUGGUUAACACAUGGACACGUAGAAAUUCCACUCCAAUCUUUCCCUAAUUACCCAAUAUGCCCCUGCAGUGAAAUAUCACUGCAGUGUUAGAGAGCAGAACACUGACACCAUCUCUUAUACUGACACUGACAAAGUCGCAAAGCAGCUUAUCCUACCCAUCUCUCUGUGUGUGUGUGUGUGUGUGUGUGUGUGUGUGUGUGUGUGUGUGUGUGCGUGCGUGCGUGCGUGCGUGCGUGCGUGCGUGCGUGCGUGACAGAGAGCGAGACAUGUGUGAGAGAGAACAACUGGAGCUGCUGCUUUGAUCUAUUUUCAUGGCUCUGAGGAGGAGUGAGCCCUGGCCCACAGCCCAGACACACUCAGACCUGCUACCGUAGGUCCCACACAAGAUAGACAACUGUGAGGACAGCUUUACGAUGAGAUCUCUCAACAGGGUAACAACUUACACAACCCAUAAUAACACAUAAUCUACUGUCCCACAAACUGUACAGGCUAUGGGUUGUAGGAUCUGUGUGAGAAAGCUAGUGUUCAGAGAAGCCAGCAAUUGGAGCAGUAUUUCAAAAUAUCCUCUUUUACCUCCUAUGAACAACACUAAUUUAUAUCUCCACAGUAGAGUACCACAGCUAUUCUGCACAGUGGGAAGGCAGGGAGAGGCAAGCACACUUGGGGCCAAUCAAACACAGUUUCCUGGAUUGGUCAGAAACAUGACUCUUCCCUGGCUGCUAGAACGCUGGGUUGGUUGGCUUUGUGAAAUCCAUCUGUAACACAGUGUUAUAGUGUAACAGAAAGAAACUCAAUUGCAUAUGCUGUUGUGUUGUGAAGUCAGGUCAUAUUAUCGACUUGUCCCUGAAUCGUGGUUGCUGCUUUUAACUGAAUAGGCCUCUAAUAAGUAAGUAGAAUGAUCCUCAUAUUCAAUUGUGUUCUACUCUGCAGCUCUAGUCCGAAUGAAUACCCCAGACAAGCCAGGGGGGUGUCUAAAAGGAAACAGCACAGGGGGAGAUGCCUUUCUCUAUGUGACCAAUUACAAAGAAAUGCACAUUAUUUGAAUUAUAUAUAGACACUAUAUUGAGAUUUUAAUAUAUUUUUUAAGAAGAAACAGAAAGAGAUUACAUAUUUAUGAUGGCAAAUAUUAUAGGAUUAUGUCAAUGUAGUGUGUUGGCUUUUGCAGUUCCAAAAUCUAUAUGUUGUUUAGAUGGUAGUCUGAUUCUAUAUAGUUAGCCAGACUCUGUUCCAAAGCUAAAUAGCAUAAUAUAGGUGUUACUUUAACCUACAAAAUGCUCCCUCACUCACCAACCCUGUUCUAUGGGGUUUCUUGGAAAUGUAAGUAUGUGGGUCUAUGGGUACAACACAGAUAUAUCAAAACUAUUUACGGUAACAAGUGAAUGUAUAACUGUUUUAUCGUUGGUGCAAAAGUGUAUAAAUACCUGUACAUGGUCUGGAA